AUGCAGGUCAAGUCCGCCUUCUCCGCCUUGGUCUUUUGCGCUAUUCUCACCCCGACCUGGGCUGGGUGGUCAAUCGACAGAUCGUGUGGUCCUGUCACAGGCAACAUUGAAAAGGCCAUAAAGAACAUCAUGAAGUGGCCAGCAGAGGUCACCAAGUCUCUAGGGAAAGACAAAGAUGUCAAUGAAUUCGCAGCACGUUUGUUCAACACGGCAGACUUCGAGUACGUCAAAGAUAUUAUUUCGAAGAUUGGCGCUCAAAGCGCCAUGGGCAACAGCCAGGUCGAUGAUCCGAUAAUCUAUUGCACGCAGGACCGACUUGAGGAAAGGAUUCGGGCUUCAAACCAGGAAAAGUAUUAUUACGACACCUUAGGUAAAUUCACUGUCGACAAGGAUACAUACGAGGGUUGCGAGGACAAAGAUACUUUUGGCUAUACGACCGCUUUUUGGGAAAAGACCAAAUCAGGGAAAGGCCAGACAACUAUGCAACUAUGUCCCAAAUAUCUCAAGGAUAUUGGCCAGACACCGAUACUCGACGGCAAAGGCAAGCCGCAGAACAAGAAACUGCACGAUAGCUACGAAAAGUUGAAAAUGAUGCACGGAACUGAUAUUCACAUCAACGACUUUGCGGGUCUUGAGCUCACGCUUUUCCAUGAGUUUGUCCACACGCCCAAGGUCAGGCCAAAGCCGCAAAUUAUGGAUCAUGGAUACUUCUGGAAUGAUGCGACGGGGCUAUCCAAAGACAAAGCCCUUGAUAAUGCCGAGUCUUAUGCGCUUCUAGCUCUCGGGACUUGGCUCAUCAACCAAAGAGCGGCCCAUAUUCAAAGUGACGGUACGAUAGAGUGGCUGGAAGAUGAAUUGGCGAUGAAGAAACGCACUGCGCAGCCUUGGACUGCCUGA